CGUGUAAUUGACACAAGGGCUGAUGGAGAAAAGGUGGCGGGUUCCUGGGCUUGUCCUGCGCUCAAUGCAACUCGGCGUCUAUGCAUCCAGUUAAAUGCAGCGCCCGGGAGAUCGCGGACGUUUGCAAUUCGCCGGGAAGUCUCUCUCCUUCUCGCUCCGCUGGCGUUUCGCUUGAGUGCGUUUGUUUCUCGGCAGGAAAUGAUACAGCGCGGCGGGCCAAGUUUGGGGGAAUGAGGAGGCGCGGCCGCCUCGGGGCGAUCGGGACCGUGGCGAGUCAUGGCCCGGGGACGUGAGCCGAGAUGGCGGAUCCGCCGUGCCAGUGCCUGAGGUCGGCGCACGCCGGCGCCCCUCGCCCCGCUCGCCGCCCGCCGCCGCCCCCGCUCCGGGGAUCGGCCGCCCCGCAAGGUGCCCGCAUGGGGCUGGAGGGCUUCGGAGGCGAGCCGGUGGCUGGCUGCAGCCCGCCCUGCCAGCUGCUGUGCCCGGCGGAGGGUGGCAAGAGGAGCGAAGCGGGCAGAGACAUUGUAUCCGCCCAGCUGGCUACAGUAUCGCCUGGCACCCAGCUGGUUACAUCUGCUGACACCCAGUUGGUUAUGGUAUCGCCUGGCACCCAGCUGGUUACAGUAUCGCCUGGCACACAGCUGGUUACAUCUGCUGACACCCAGUUGGUUACAUCUGGCGCCCGAUUGGCUUCAGUAUCGCUUGGCAAUCGGUUUGCUGCAUCAGCUGCCUUCCAGUUGGUCGCAUCCCAGGACUCACCGACAGUGGGCACUGCGCCUGGCAGCGGAGGUUCGAGGAGGUGCCACCCGGACUGCUACCUGCCCGGCGACCUCCUGCUCACCCUGGACCCGCUGGGCACCCUCCCUCCUACCCGGCAGGCCUCGGGCGGUGGGGAGACCCCUGGCCCGGUGCCUGCCCCCUGGCAGGGGGAGGCGGGCGCCCAGCUCAAGCGGAGGAGGCUGGAGAACGGGGAAGGCGGGGGCAGCGGCAGGCUGGCGAACGGGCACAGCGACGCCGUGGCGGCCUGCAAGAGGAGGAAGGCGGAGGGGCUGCUGGAGGGCCAGGAUGAGGGGGCGCGGCUACGGUGGCAGACCCUGGAGCUGGUCAACAAGUACGUCGUGCCCUGCAUGAACAGCUACGGCAUCUGCGUCAAGGACAACUUCCUGGGGGCAGUGCUGGGGGGUAAAGUCCUACUGGAGGUGCUCUCCCUGCACCGCAACGGGACCCUGAUGGACGGCCGGGUGGUCAGUCCCCUCAGCGUGCCCACCCGCAGCAUCCGGGGCGACAAGAUUGCCUGGGUGGAGGGCACGGAGCCCGACUGCACGAGCAUCGGGGAGCUGAUGGCCAGGAUCGAUGAGCUGAUCAUCUACAGCUCCGGGCGGCUGGGCAAUUACGGGAUCAACGGGCGGACAAAGGCCAUGGUAGCUUGUUACCCCGGACACGGGACGGGAUACGUUCGCCAUAUCGACAAUCCAAACGGAGACGGGCGCUGCGUCACCUGCAUUUACUACCUGAACAGGGACUGGGACGUCAGUGUCCAUGGCGGCCUGCUGCAGAUAUUCCCGGAGAAUCGAUCGGAGGUUGCCAACAUUGAGCCUUUAUUCGACAGGUUACUCAUCUUCUGGUCUGACCGCCGAAACCCCCAUGAAGUGAAGCCCGCGUUCGCCACCAGGUAA